AUGUCCCUUUCACCCGCCGUGCGCCUCGCGAGGACUGCAGCCCAGCGCUCCUCGUCGUUACUGCGCUCCAUCCAGUACAACCACCCCCCUAACUGCCCUUGCCACUCGAACCCCAACCACCAUCAUGCGCCGGCUGUCUUUGGCGAAGCGAGAAGGCGAUUGGCAACACCCAUCGACCAUUCCCGCUCCAAGGACUAUGCCUUUGAGAUGGCAGCGAGCUCCAUCCGGUUUGGACCUGGAUGCACCAAGGAAGUCGGCAUGGACAUGAAGAAUCUGGGUGCGAAGCGCGUCAUCGUGGUUACCGAUGCAAACGUCGCCAGACUGGACGCCAUGAAACAGACCAUCGAGGCCCUCACAACCGAGGGUGUCGAGUUCACUGUAUACGACCAAUGCAGGGUUGAGCCCAAAGACAGCUCUAUCAAACAUGCCAUUGCAUUCGCCAAGCCAUACCAACCCGAUGCAUUUUUGGCUGUAGGUGGUGGCUCGGUCAUUGACACCGCCAAGCUGAUGAACCUCUAUACUUGCUUCCCCGACGCAGACUUUUUAGACUUUGUGAAUGCUCCCUUGGGCAAAGGCUUACCAAUUACUAAACCCUUAAAGCCCUUGGUGGCGGUCCCAACCACCGCGGGAACCGGUUCAGAGACCACAGGAACGGCCAUUUUUGACUUGGUAGAGAAGCGAGCGAAGACCGGCAUUGCUCAUCGAGCGCUAAAGCCCACCCUGGGAAUAUGUGACCCUCUCAAUACUCGCACCAUGCCCUCGGCUGUUCAUGCCUCGUCUGGUCUCGAUGUCUUGUGCCAUUCACUGGAAUCUUGGACCGCGAUUCCUUACUACGAGAGAUCGCCAAGGCCCACCAACCCUAUCAAUCGUCCUGCUUACCAGGGUGCGAACCCGAUCUCGGACAUCUUUUCUCUACAGGCACUCAGAUCGACUGUCAAAUACCUACCGCGGGCGACCAAGGAUCCUGAGGAUUUCGAAGCGCAAAGCGAAAUGCUUCUGGCCGCGACAUUGGCGGGCGUGGGAUUUGGAAACGCCGGAGUCCAUCUCUGCCAUGGCAUGAGUUAUCCGAUCAGCGGGCAGAAUCCAGGCUAUAAGCACGACGGAUACGUGGUUGACACUCCCAUCAUCCCCCAUGGUGUGAGUGUUGCUGUCACUGCUCCAGCGGUGUUCAAAUUCACUGGUCCAAGCAAUCCAGAGCGGCACUUGGCAGCCGCAGAAGCAUUCGGCAAGGAUAUCUCCAACGUCAAGAAGGAAAGUGCGGGGGAGGUGCUCAGUGAAGCGCUGUCUGAGUUUCUGGUGGGCCUGGGAGACCAGCCCAGAGGUCUGAAGCAUCUAGGAUUUACCAAGGACAGUAUCGGUGAUUUGGUGGAAGGUACUUUGCCCCAAAAGCGGGUGCUGAUGCUGGCACCCAGUCUGAGUGAGGAAUUAAAUGAGGAACGAGAGCAGUUGCGGGGAUUGUUCGAGGAGGCUCUUGAGUACUAA